AUGUCAGACGCAAAGCAGGCAGAGGAAAUGCCCGUCGCUCAGGGUAAAGAGCAACCUGAGGCCGACAUGACGGCUGCUGAAGAGGAAGAAAUCACAGCCAUGAAGCGCCGAGUAGCUGAAAUGGAAGAGGAGGCCAAGAAACUGCGGGAAAUGCAAGCCAGUUUGGAGCAGCAGUCGGCCGACCUGGCCGACGACAAGGAGUCUGUGGAUGCACGCAGCAUCUUUGUGGGAAAUGUCGACUAUUCCGCCUCACCCGAAGAGAUUCAAGCCCACUUCCAGAGCUGCGGCUCGAUCAACCGCGUCACCAUCCUGCUAGACAAGUUCACUGGUCAGCCAAAGGGCUACGCCUACGUUGAGUUUACGGAGCCCAGCUUAGUCGCCCAAGCCCUGGUGCUGAACGAAAGUGUCUUCAAGGGCCGCAACAUCAAAGUCACCCCCAAGAGAACCAACGUCCCGGGAAUGAGCCGCGGUCGCGGUCGCGGCGGCUUCCGUGGUGGCCGAGGGUUUCACGCACGCGGUGGUUUCCCCCGAGGAGGUUAUCGUGGCGGUUACAGAGGCCGUGGUAGGGGAGUUCAUGCGCCUUACUAG